AUGAUCACCGUGCUUCCGCUCCUGAUGUUCCUGAUCCGAUCACAACUUUUCUAUGCGUUCGUCGGAAAAACUUGGCCUGGUCUGGGACCAGUUGUCGUCUUGAAUUGCGGCAUAAUCGCUAUUGCUGUCACGGUUGCGAUACUGUAUCCUAGAGUGGGCAGCAUACUACGUUAUGUCGGCUCGCUCUCUGGUUUAAUCUACGUGUUUGCUCUACCAUGUUUGGUUUACAUGCGGAAGUUGCAUUUUGAGGGCCAGCUCACUCCUACAAAGCGAUUCAUUCACACAACAAUCAUCGCUAUUGGUGUUCUGAAUUUCAUUGCGCAGUUCAUUAUCUGA